AUGUCGAGGAGAAAGCAGCCGAACCCCCAGCACCUCAACUCCGAAGAGGACGCGUCUGCUGAACAGAAGGAUUGCCCAAGCAGUGUGGAUGGAGAAAGGGCUGUGAAAAGAUGCAGAAUGGAAGAGACCCACAUCUGUGAAAAAUGUUGUGCGGAGUUCUUUGAGCUUUCUGAUCUUCUUGAACACAAAAAGAGUUGCACUAAAACUCCCACUGUCCUCAUUAUGAAUGACGGCGAAGGAGCGAUGUCCCACGAUGGCUACACAGAGGAGUCUCCCGAAGGUGCCGCGGCAGAGCCUUCAGAGGUGCCAGCUGUAGACAGUGUUCAGCCAAAGAGAUCCUCCGUGUCUCCUGAAAAGAUGGAAGAGAAAGUGGACUCUAAUAAAACUGUUCCUCAAUCCAAUUCUAAGACUAAUGGCCUUGGCUAUGUGCCAAAAACGAAUCUGUCCAACACUAAUGUGACUUUACAGACCAUCAAUAGUACUAAAGUGGCUGUUAAUCAACAUGCUUCAGAUGGGGUUGCGACAUCGGCAACUAACCCCAAUGCCAUACCAAUCAUCCUUGAACAACUAGUGUGCUUGCAGCAGCAACAAUUGCAACAGAUUCAGCUAACGGAGCAAAUUCGUAUCCAGAUUGCCAUGAUGGCCCCAAACUCCUUGCAUCCCUCUAUUGCUGCUGCCACAGAUCCGCUUAAGGCUCUUGGUGCACACUUAUCUCAGCAACUUUCUGCAGCUGUUGCUUUAAUUGGACAGAAAGCUGGGACACAAAGUCUUUCACUUGAGUCUUUAAAACAGAGCAAGUUACCUCAUUCCAAUGUGGCCAUGCCUACUGCUGGUACUGUACCUCUUGCCCUCACCACAUCUCUCUUAAAGCAAGAGCCUAACUUGGGGCUCACAAAUGCUGUUGGAAGGUUUCCCAACCCUGCCUUACCUCAUUCCCCAGGCACUAUCAUUUUCCAGAAUCCUAUCAAUGCUCUGGAUCCUUCGAAAAAGCUCAAGGUAAAGUUCCCAACCGUGACCACUCCUGAGGCCAAGCCUGGGAACGAGGACCAGUUAUUCAGGCAUAAGUGUAAGUUCUGUGGCAAAGUCUUCGGCAAUGAUAGCGCUUUACAAAUCCAUCUACGUUCCCAUACAGGGGAAAGACCCUACAAAUGUAACAUAUGUGGGAACAGGUUUACAACAAAAGGAAACCUGAAGGUGCACUUCCAGCGUCAUAAAGAUAAAUAUCCACACAUCAAAAUGAAUCCUUACCCUGUCCCAGAGCAUUUGGACAAUGUUCCUACUACAAGUGGAAUUCCAUAUGGUAUGUCUGUUCCACUUGAUGAGUCUAACCUCAUUGCGGAUACAAAAUCUGGUCUGACAGGCCUUCCCAGCGCGACCAACCUCUCGGGCCUUACAGAAAGUGUUCUAGGUGCUUUUCCACUCAAUAUGCAGUCCAGGCCAUCUCCAGGUAGUGAAGGAGAGUCUGUUUCCUCUGGAGCUGUUGUUCAAGAGUCUGGUAUAGACCAGAGUUUAAAUUCUCCCCCUGUGAGCAGAUCAAGUGAGCAAGGGUCAGAAACGACUAAACUUCAACAGCUGGUGGAGAACUUGGACAAGAACGGAUCCGAAACCAAUGAAUGCUUGAUAUGUCACAGAGUGCUAAGUUGUCCUAGUUCCUUAAAAAUGCAUUACCGCACUCAUACCGGUGAAAGACCAUUCAAAUGCAAGAUCUGUGGAAGAGCUUUCUCAACCAAGAGUAACCUCAAAACCCACUAUGGUGUUCACAGGGCCAACACACCUUUGAAAUUGCAACAUUCUUGCCCAAUUUGCCAGAAGAAGUUUACAAAUGCUGUAGUGCUGCAGCAACAUAUCCGAAUGCAUAUGGGAGGGAAGAUCCCAAACACUCCUGUGUCAGAAGAAGCCAGUGAUGACAUUGACUCUAUGAUGGAUGAGAAGAAUGGAGAGUUGAACAACAGUUUCACUGAUGAGAACCUUGAUGAUAUCGAUAUGGAAGAUGAUGAGUUGGCAGAAAAUGCAUCAGGCUCUAAGCCACCAACCCCACACAGUGAGACCCGAGCAGAAUCUCCUGCUAUGCAGUUCUCUACUGGAACAGGCCAGGAUAAGCCGGUUACUUUGCCAUCGGCAUUAAACUUACAAAGGCAAAACAGUGUGAAAUCAAGUGAGAAUGGCUCUUUGGAAAGUGAUGGAUUGACUAAUGAUUCCUCCUCUGUAUGGGAUCAAGAAUAUCCCACUGGCAAAAGUCCCACACAAUCUGAGGCCAGGACUUUUUCACCAACCAAUAGCCAGUCUGACAGCAAUGCGUCCAAGUCACCUCCUUCCUAUAAUGGACUUGAUGACCUAGGAAUGCUGUCGAAGGAUGAGCAUUCUCAGAAUGGCUCCCUUAAUCCUGAUGGGGAUGGUGCCUUGGAUCUGACGAAUGGUGGGUUUGCCCGGAAGAUCAAGGAAGAACCAGGUUUACAUCAGAAUGGAGAAUUCGGCAGGUUACCUAAUCUGUAUGUAGGUGCCCCACCAGCACUCAUUAAAAUGGAAGUAUCCUCUGACCGCAUGGCAGGUGCAACCCAGUAUCUUGGACCUCCAAACUUAUCUCCAGGACUGAACCCUCUUAUUGUACCUCAGCGACGAUCUGCAAAGCAGCAUAUUUGCACCAUGUGCGGGAAGAACUUUUCCUCUGCAAGUGCCUUACAGAUCCAUGAAAGGACACACACCGGGGAGAAGCCGUUUGCUUGUACAAUUUGUGGGAGAGCAUUCACCACAAAGGGGAACCUUAAGGUCCAUGUUGGAACCCACAUGUGGAAUAAUUCUGCUCGUCGAGGAAGAAGACUAUCUUUGGAUGGCCAAAUUCCUGCAUUGGGAACAGAUGCCAAGAAAGUAGCUGAGAUUUUUCCAAAAUUCAUUGUGCCUUCUUCAGUCAGCAUUGACCCCGCCAUGUGGAACCAAUACGCCACAGCGCUUAGUAAUGGCUUGGCUUUGAAGACUAAUGAGAUCUCUGUUAUACAGAACAGUGCCGUCCCUACGCUGACAAUUAGCAAUGACGGUGCUCCUGUUCUCAGCACGGCUACCGUCGCCAAUAUCGACAUUUCCCCGGCAGGUGUUGGCCAAACUAUGACAGAAAUUGGGGAUUCCACAGUGGAGAGUGUACCAAAACACCAGUUUCCACACUUUAUGGAGGAAAAUAUUGCUGUGAACUAA